UGUGUUUUGUGUUGACCGCCAGUCGGUAGAUGAGACGGAAAGAUGGCAAAAAGCAUUCGAAGUAAGUGGAAGCGGAAAAUGAGAAAAGUGAAACGGGUUAGGUAUGCCAAAAGAGAGUUGGACACGCUGAAAAAAGUUGCGGAAGGUGCCAAGAUCGGUGCGCUGAAUGGAGACAAUGAAUUGUACACAAUUGUAACAAAAGAUGAACUACAGAAACAGAAAGAAGAAAAAGAAGCAAAGCGGAAGACUGAAGAAGCCUUAAAUAAGAUGGAAACAGACCAAGUCAGAAAGUUUGACAAAAAGACAAUGAAAGAUGAAAAUGGACAAUAUCCAGUGUGGAUGAAUCAAAGAGCUAUCAAUAAGGUUAAGAACAGCAUGAAAAAAGGGAGAAAAAAGAAAGGCAAACAAAGAGGAAAGUGGAAGCAGGAAUGGUGAAAUUAUCAACAUGACUGUUCAGUGUACAUAGACUUAUUUUUUUGUGAUCAUGGUUAUAUCACAUCUUGUGGAAUGUGUAACACUGUUUGCAGACUAGUAUUGGUACCAGGUGUGUGCGAAUUCAGAACUGAAUACGGCAGCGAAAAAGCAGCACUUGAUAUUAACUGAUACAAUUAUAUUGUUAUCUUAAGUGAGAAGUACAUUGGCUAAACCAUGAAAUGAUAAGGGGGCCUUUGUGGCCUAGUGGGUUAGCAUGCCAGCACGGUGCAGUGGAACCUCCCACCAGUGCACUCCCUGCGAAUUCAAGUCAAGCUCAUGCUGGCUUCAUUUCCAGCUAUAUGUGAGGAAGGUCUGACAGCAACCUGCAGAUGGUUGUGGGCUUCUCCAGGGUUCUGCCCAGUUUCCUCCCUGCAUAAUGCUAGCCUUCAUCAUUUAAGUAAAAUAUUCCUGAGUAUGCUGUAAAACACCAAUCAAAUAAAUAAAUUAAAAUGAGAAAAACUAAGCAAUGGUUAGUUUCUUGCUUUUCAAUUACGACUUGCAUGGAGUGGGUUAAAACCUGGGCCUCGGACAUGGAAGUAGCAGACUAUGCUGCACUCACUGUUUGCAGAGCUCCAUGUGUUGACGUUUGUGUAGUCAGAUGUU